CCCCAUCCAGCCAUUACCACUCCUAUCAGUGAAACAGUUGAAGAAAGCAGUCAGGAGCCUGCUGAGGGGGGUGAGGAGAAAGCAGGAGCCAAACGAAAAAAGUCUUCUGUCGCAAAGUUAUCCCCCAAAGGAGACAAUAACUUACCUACAGAAGCUGAAACAGAAGAAAAGGAGAUGGAUCCUUCAAAGGAAGAUGAUCUACCCUCUGACAAAACCAGUAAAGAACAUGUGGUGAAAGCAAAUGAUGCUUCUGUUCCUAAAGUUGCUAGAAGAGGAAGAAAAAGAAAGUCUGAAAAACAAGCUGAAGCUGAAGAAGCAGCAGCAAUGGCAGCGGUGGCUCCAGUGUCCCCAAAAGUAAGCCCCAAACGAGGAAGACCAGCAGCUUCUGAAGUAAAAGUUCCAAAACCGAGAGGGAGACCCAAGUUGGUGAAACCAUCUUGUCUUUCAGAGGGUGACUUUGUUAAUGAGGAGGAGAAGGCAAAGAAAAAAGGACCAGAAGAAAAGCCCAAAAAGCAAGGGAAAAAAGAUGAAGACAGUCAGAAGGAUGAGGAGAAGUCAAAGAAGGAAUUUGAUAAAAAGGAAGGAAAGAAAGAGUCUGAACUGAAAAGGAAAAAUGUUGCAAAAGUGGGUUCUGCAUCAGCUUCUGAUUCUGAAGAUGAAGGAGAACAAGAAGAAGGGGACAAGAAGAAAAAAGGGGGAAGAAGCUUUCAGGCAUCUCACAGAAGAAACAUUGUAAGAGGACAGCAUGAUAGAGAAGUAACAGACAGAAAGCGUAAGCAGGAGGAACAGACAGAAUCUGAAUCGCAGAGUAAAGAAGAAGGCAAGAAAGCAGAAGUUAAGAAGAUUGAGAAGAAGAGAGAAACAUCAAUGGAUUCUAGGCUUCAAAGGAUACAUGCAGAAAUAAAGAAUUCCCUGAAAAUCGAUAAUCUUGAUGUGAACAGGUGUAUUGAGGCUCUUGAUGAGCUUGCAUCGCUUCAAGUCACAAUGCAACAAGCUCAGAAACAUACAGAGAUGAUUCUAACUCUUAAGAAGAUACGGAAAUUCAAAGUUAGCCAAGUUAUCAUGGAGAAAUCUACAAUGCUAUAUAACAAGUUUAAGACUAUGUUUCUUGUUGGGGAAGGAGAUUCUGUUCUUUCCCAAGUACUAAAUAAAUCGCUUGCGGAGCAGAAGCAACAUGAAGAAGCCAACAAAACCAAAGAACAGUGGAAGAAAGGAGCAAACAAAAAGGUGGAAAAGGAAAAGGACCAGACAGGUUCAAAGGUUCUGAAUGGAGGAUCUGAAGCCCAGGACACCAACCAGUCACAACAUAAUGGAGAGAACACUGAGGAGAAGAAAGAUAGGCAUGAAGCUGGCAGUAAGAAAAAGUGA